AUGGCGGAACAAAUUCUUCACAACCCUCCAAUUCAUGAUAUAUUUACCUUCAUCCUUUGCUUGGGACAAAUUACGGGCGCAUUUCCGCUGCGUUUUGUAGAGAAUGUCGAAGCUUGUUCAGUUAAAUUUCGAUGGAUGCACUAUAAAACCUUCUAUUCGAUUUUUCAUAUUUUCUUAUUAAUUAUGAUGACAUUCUUCUGUGCGUGCGGUGCCCAAAUGGCAUAUAUUUCUUGGACUUUUCGCCACAUUGUAAGAACGCUAUUUUAUGCGACCAGCUUAUGGGGAGCAAUCUCUCUUUUUGUUGUCGUCAAAAAGUGGCCGGAAUUAGUCGAUAAAUGGAUUGAGCUGGAUAAAAGUAUGGCACAUAAUUAUGGAUUUCCUAAGAAUAUGAAUAAACGGGCGAAGAUAAUGGCGCUGAUAACUACAAUAUAUGCCACUGGUCAAAUUUUGAUUUUUGUACUAUACAACGUGGAAAACACCCGCAAACUGGCACGGGCCCAAAAUGUACCCUUUGGACAUAGCAUUUAUUUCAAAACCGUAUUUGCGCAAGUAUUCAAUGCAAUUCCAUAUUCACUUAUUCUAGGAUUACUAUGUCAGUUCGUGUUCUUUCUUAGCAUAUGGCGCUUUGCCUACUCGGACCUUUUUAUUUCAUUGAUUAGCUCAUUUUUAAGCAUUCGACUCCAGCAAAUUACAGAGAGGGUUAAAUUUGCAGCAAAAAAGAGACGAACCAUAGCGUUUUGGAGAGAAAUCAGAGAAGAUUAUGAUCGGGUGUGCGUUUUAUGUAAAGAAGCAGAUGAUGCCAUGAGUAAUAUUAUAUUUGUCACCUACACCACUAAUCUGGUACUGCUCUUGGUAUACCUUCGCAACUGCACAAUAAUAGAAGGGUUAGUGCAACUGAUACAACAUUUUUAA